GAGGAACUAUGUAACGAAGAACAAAAACGGCCGGUUCAAACCCCAAAAUGAAAUAAAUUAUGCCGUCAUUAAAGAAAAGACUUAAAUCACUGGAACUUAAAAUUACAAGGUUUUACAGAAAGAAGAAGGCUAAAGUCGCACACCAUGCGGGAGUAACACCACCACCUUGGAGUGAAAGAAAGAAAUACAUAAUUACGAGUGGAAUUCGAGAACAUUGUGAAAUAAACGGCUCAGCCCGAUUAAUUUUUCGACAACAAAGAUUACCCGGAGAUGCUGACAAACUAAUGUAUGUCUGUAGGUUGGAACCGGAAUCUCCGCAAAAUGGUAAAACUUUGGGAAUUCACAGUACACCGACUAACUUACAAUCACAUAUGUACAAAAACAGUGAUUAUUUUAUGCAAACUAUUCUAUCCAACUGUAAUCAAAGUGCGGAUUGCAGGUGUCAGUCUCACGAUGGUAUGUUUGAUUACAAGAAAAGCGGCUUUCAAAGCAACCCAUCAAACAUAUAUGGCACCAACAAAAUUAUUAACAACAUUUCUCAUAAUAAUGUUUGUCCUGUUUCGUUAAUGCAAAUAACAGAAUCUAUGAACGAUGGGAGUUUUGUCAAGUACAUCCCAGUGAAAGAAGAAUACGGCUGGGUCUAUCCAAGGUAUUUGGUGGACGAACAAAGUCCUGCGUCUUGGUUUGAUAUCCAGUGCUGGUACCAACAGUACAAGCUUCACAAAGCUUUUCAGCCUCUUCAGAAUUCAACUGACGGUGCUAAAUCAACUAGUGAUGUGGGUACUGCAGAUGCCAGUUUGAGUAUUUAUGAUGACAGUAUGAUGAAUCUUGACAUGUGGUGUACGGGAGAUGUUGUGGUUGAAGGGAAAUCCUACGAAAUAACCGACGACCUCGCCGACCACCCCAGGUUUGGCCUGGCUGCCAACCAGGAUUACCUCAAUCUGCUGGUGGAACAGAAUUCAUCAAACACGUGGCUGUGUCACAUGCAGUUCUUCUUCUGUGACAAUUCCAAACGCCAUCUUUUCCAGAUAAAGAGUGAAUUGUUGGUGUCAUGCAUGCAAGCAUUUGUUCAAAAAGAUGCAGACUUUGAAGUCUUGUGGGUUGACGACAUCAAGAAGAUUCUUCCAGAAAAGGAAACAAUAGCUAGUUUUUUCGGUGAAAAUGAGAAACUUGUGUCCGCCAUUGAGCAGCAAAUCACGAAUGCCAAGGCUGUGCUCUACGUGACGGAAAAGGCGUCCAUCUUGUUACGUCACCCAGACACGUGUUUUCUUAGCUCACUGGCGAGGUCAGCGGGACUUAAAAGGAGUGAGCUGGUCGUACUUCCUCUAGACAUAAAGCCAGAAGCUGAAGCAUAAGCAUGAAGGCAGCAUACUUCGUGUGUGUACAUAUAUAUACAUAUAGUCAAAUAAAUUUUUAUAUAAUGUUAGAUUCUAAUCAUUGUUGACGUUUCUUGAUACAGAAUAGUGUGAUGAUUUAUUUUUGAAUGGAAAUCUUUUGUUAACUAUUUUCUUAUGUUGAUAAUCAAUGUUUUAAAAUGACUGUCAUUAUGAGAUGUUUUCGACUAAUAAAAUAUUGUAACGACUAAAA